AUGAGCUGCGCCCGGGCGACGGACGCUUGCGUCCUAGCCUCCAACAACGCCUCCCCGGCGCAGAGGGGCCCCCGGAGGGAUGCACAAUCGCUCCACGCCACGCCGCUUGCGGCGGUCCUCUUCCCAGCCAGCGCAGGCCGCGCGCCACACGGAGAGAACGGGCGACCAAAGGUGUGGGAUGCCGUCCAGGGUUGCUGGCUCGAGCAGGCUGGCGGUGCGGCGGCGGAGUCCGGCUCCGCAGCUGGUGCGGCGGCGAGCGGCGGCGGUGCAGCGGAAGUACAAGUCCGCGAGUACAAGUGCGGCACGUGCGGCUUCCUGCCGAAGAAGAAGCAGCAUGACUGCGCGGCAGUCCUUGCCGAGAAGUCGGCCGGCGAGGCAAGCCGUGGCUCCGGCGAAACCACGGAGAGGUUGCCGAAGCUGAGCGGCGGCGGGUGCUCGCCCGCGGCCGGCAGGCCGGCCAUGCCCGCGCGCGUGGACGUUGAGCAGCCGCCGGACUGGCUGGCGGCGGGUGCCGAGGUGGAGGUCGAGAUGGGGGAGGAGGGGCUGCGUGGCAGUCUGUACGGAGGCAAGGUGCUGCAGCUCCGGAAAGGCAAGGCGCUCGUGCAGUACGCCGCCUUUUGCGUCGAGGCGGAGGAGGAGGGCGGCGGAGACGGCGAGGCGCCGCUGCUGACCGACCGGCCCGCGGAGGCCUCCUUCCUCGUCAGCUCCGAGCUAUACAAGCGGCAGCGGUGGGCGAGGAUCGUGCUGCGGGCGUGCAGCGACAUGGCAAAGUUUGGCGGCCCCGGCACCCUCAAGCAGCCCUGCGCUCGGCGGGUGUGCGAGCAUUUGCGGGCGGGCAAGCCGGCCGAGGGCGGCGGCAAGCGAGACGGCGGUGGUUUCGCGCUCUGCGCCCUGCCCGCCGGCCUCAAGGCGACCCUGCCCGCCCACGACGUUGCGAGGCUCGGGCGCGCGCUCCUCGCGUCCGUCUCUGCGAGGCCGGAGGGGAGGGUGCUCGAGGCGGCCUCUUCGCCGCCCGAGGGGGAGGCCUCUCGUGGCGGCGCCUCUCUGGGCGAGAUCCGCGCGCGGCUGGACGGGGGCGGGUACGGCGAGGACGUCUCCGCCUUCGCUGCAGACGUGCGCGCACUCUACGUCCGCUUGCACUCUACGGAGGAGGAGCUCGAGAACUUGCGCUCCUUCCUCGUCGAGUGCGGCGGCGAGGGCGACUCUGUGCUCGCGGGCUGGUCGGUCAAGCUGUGCGUCGCGGGCGACUACUUCCUCUACUACUCGGCCACGGGGCGCGUCUUUCGCUCGCGGGCCGAGGCUGCCCAGCAGUAG